GCGCGGAGAAGACCCGAAUUUUUAUAAGUCAAAGCAGCCUAAAUCUUACGGUCGAUGCAAACGGCAAUUGAAUAAACCAAUCUGCUAUUGCUUAAGAUCGGAGCAAAAGAGAAUCAGCCAAGCAACGCCUUUACCUUUCCGCCUCUUCGAAUCGCAACAACGACUGUUACAGAGACGAGAGGCGAGCCUACUAGAGGAAACCGCAAUCCGUAGAAUCCUCGAUUCCGCCGCACUACUCAGCCAACCAGUCAGCCCCGCAUAGUUUAAAGUCCAUUUGACGCUGCUGCCAACACACUAUAAGGAGAUGGACAAAGUGAUGAACAUUUUGAAGCCGAAGCCGAACCCUCAACAAACUUUGAGGGAUUGGCAGCGUAAACUUCGCCAGGAGUGUCGCAACAUCGAACGACAAAUCAGAGAUAUAGAGAGGGAAGAGAAGAAUGUACAGAAAGCAAUUAAAGAAGCUGCAAAGCGAAAUGACAUGAAUUCUGCUAAGGCACUUGCAAAGGAAAUCGUGAGAUCUAAAAAGACUGUGAACAGGAUGCAUGAGAAUAAGGCACAGCUUAAUUCAAUAUCCAUGCACCUUGGAGAAAGUGUUGCCAUUGCUCGCACAGUGGGACAUUUGUCUAAGAGCGCCGAAGUAAUGAAGCUUGUGAAUAAUCUUAUGAAGGCACCUGAAGUAGCUCGUACAAUGCAGGAAUUCAGUAAAGAAAUGACCAAGGCUGGGGUGAUUGAAGAGAUGGUGAAUGAUGCAGUGGACAAUGCACUGGAUACCGAAGACAUAGAAGAUGAAACUGAAGAAGAAAUCGAGAAAGUGUUGACUGCAAUUGCUGGUGAGACUGCCGCAUCGCUUCCUCUUGCUACCAGAAAGGAAAAGUUAAAGCAAUCGACAGAAGAAGAUGCGGAGGGUGCCAACGAUGAGGAGUUAGAAGAACUUAGAGCACGCCUCGACAAAGUUCGGUCUUAACUUUUACCAUGUAAUCAUAUUUCUAAUUCCCACACAUAAACACUGUGUUUGUAUUAGAUAUUUUGCCCCUUUUUAACCCCAGAUAAUCAACAUGUUAUCAUGUUUUCCUCCUCUGUAUCCAGGGCGUUGCUGACAUCUGUUGUAACGAAGCUGCAUUGAGCGCUUCUCUUGUGUAUAUAUUUCCCCAAGACGUACUUGUUUGCAUAUACUUUGUGUUCACACACUAUGAUUGUAAACUAACUGAAUUGAAGCAAACACACAAAUUAUUAUUUGUAUAAAUUCACGCCAAUUCAUAUUCGUUUCAUAAUC